AUUUCUAAAAAUGCGUAAGAGUUAAACAACCAAUAUAUAUUUUAUCAUAAUGGCUCUUACUUUUAGAAUUUUGUACAGAAACAGUCGAUAUAUUAACGACACAAUUAUACCUGCGAGAUGGUGUUACAAAACGUCGAAUCCUGUUCGAAUCUUGGCUAGCGGUAUUUGUUAUCAAAAAAACACUGUUGUGGUCAAAUCAUUAAAUAGAAUUAAUGAGAUUAAUUCAAAAGCACCAUUACGGUCAUGUACCACACAGAACUAUGAUGCGAAACCGCCCACAGAGCCAAAAAAAGGACUGGUUCAAAGGUUUAAGGAAAUGUAUAGAGACUAUUGGUAUGUAGUUUUACCUGUGCACAUGACUACAUCAGCCAUAUGGUUUGGAAGUUUCUACUACGCCGUACGAAGUGGUGUUGAUGUGAUUGGUUUACUGGAAAAUUUAAAUAUCAGUGAAAAAUUAUUAUCACCAUUAAAGGAGUCAAGUGCGGGUUAUUUCGCUCUUGCAUUUGCACUUUAUAAACUGAUCACACCACUGCGAUAUGCAGUUACAGUUGGUGGGACUACUUAUGCCAUUAAAAAGUUACAAACACUUGGCUGGAUUAGACCAGUGCCUUCAAGAGAACGAAUCAAAGAAAUGAUUCAGGAAAAAAAAGAAAACCUCCAAGGUCGCAUACAUGAAAGUAAACAACAUUAUCAGAGUCAAAUGAGAGAGAAGGGUUCUCAGGUUAUGGAAGAAAUGAAAAGGUACAAAACUGAAAUGCACAACAUUAAGAACAAAGUUAAGAAGAUGUAAAUUGAAAAAUGUCUUUUUAUACUUUUCCUUUUUUUUUUAGCAAGUUUAGGCCAAAAGAAUAAUUUGCAGUCAACUACUUAAGUAGUAAGGGAUGAAGGAAUUAUAAUCAUAAAAACUCUGUUAUAAUUUUGAAUAGUUUAUUGUUUCAUAAUAUAAAUAUAAAAGUAAUGCUUAAUAAAUUGUUUUUAUUACUUCAUGACAUCAUUGAUGAAAAACAGUCACAUUUCUAUACCAAAAUGUACACAUAUAAAACAAUGAUAACUAUAUUAAGUACCUACAGACAGCACGAAACUGGAAUGUUUACUGAUAAAAAUGAGCCUUUCAUUCAAUUAUUGUAACAAUUAACUGCCACCAGGUGUGCUGCCAUUUCUACAUUAAAUUAGUAAAUGCAUUUAGAUAAACAAUUACACCCCUAACACCAACAAAUUUUCAUACAACUUUUCUUUAAUUCCAUAUAUUUGUAUAAAGAAUUUUCAAGCAAACCCUUACACCCAAUUUACAAUUUGCAUUAAAUCCCAAACUGUUAUAAGCAACAGUUAUUUCACCUUAUCCAUUUAACUGAAAUAUAAAGCAAAAAAUAUCAUCUAACAUUAUCACAAAGCAUCAUAGGCAACCAUAACAAUUAUUGUAGUCAAAUCACAUGUCUAAUACUAACUACAUUGUCUAUUCAAAUAUCUUAUUAAUUACUACUUAUUUGUGAAAUAUUGUUUACAAUUGUAAUUGCAAGCAAACAUAAAAAUAGUUGACAGUCAAAAAUUAAAUCGUAAUAUUUUAAUUUCAUUAUUAAUUACUUAACAAGGCUGUUUGUGACUUAUUCAAUGGUACUUAUUUUGUUUUGUUAUACAAAUUAUUUUAAUUAUAAUAAAUUGCCAGUUAAAAAGCGAAUUAAU